AAAACAAAUGUGAGCCCGAUGCCGACUCUCAGCUCAUUAGCACUUGUGUUUGCUCUCCAUCACUACAAGCCAACUCCACUCUAUGUUAUGGAUGAAAUAGAUGCCGCCUUAGACUUCAAAAAUGUUUCAAUUGUCGGCCACUAUGUAAAAGAUCGCACUAAGGAUGCUCAAUUUAUAAUCAUAAGCUUGAGGAACAACAUGUUUGAGCUUGCGGAUAGACUUGUUGGCAUUUACAAGACUGACAACUGUACUAAAAGCAUCACCAUAAAUCCUAAGAGCUUUGCUGAUCCAGGAGAGGCCUUUUAAGACUUUUCCAUGUAUUCAUUUAGAGGGUCUGGAAAGCUGAAUUUCCUUGUUUAAAUUAUGUAUUUACUCAUGUGAAGUUUUUAUCAUAUUUUUUUGAU